AUGUUAGACUGCGAGGUGACUGAAAUAAUUGAGAAGUUGGAGUUUGACAAGAUUAGAUUGGAUCUGCCGACCUAUAAUGCGACACAAAUUUCAUCCCAAAUCGGAGGUGCAGGGAAUAAGGUGUGGGUAACAUUUUAUCGGGGCGUCUUCGACAUUACGGAUUUUGUCAAGAGACACCCUGGCGGAGAAAGAAUUAUGAAUGCGGCCGGAUCCUCGGUAUCCCCAUUCUGGCAAUUUUACCAACUUCAUUAUAGGAUUGAUGUGUUGGAAACUUUAGCCAAAUUUAGAAUUGGAAACCUAGAAACACCGUUAGACGAAACUCCGAAUAUGAAUUAUUUUGACAAAGAACCUCCAAGAAAUCCGACCGUGAUUACAAGAACGUCAACGCCAUUUUGUGGAGAGACGCCUCCUGCACUUCUGCCACAGAACUUCUACACGCCAAAUGACCUCUUCUAUGUGCGAAAUCAUCUUCCCGUCCCCACCGUGGACACUUCAGCUUACCGCCUAACUAUCCAAGGAGUUGGGAUACCUUUGUCAAAUUUCUCCUUGUCUUUGGACGAUGUGAAACAAAAGUUCGCAAAAAUUAGGAUGCCAGUCACACUUCAAUGUGGCGGGAACAGGAGGUCGCAAAUGGGAGAGGUCAAACCCACGCCAGGAAUUGGGUGGACGGGUGGAGCUAUUGGGAACGCUGUCUGGGGCGGGGCUUCUUUAAGAGAUGUUCUCACAUCGGCAGGCUUCAAUUGGACCAAUUAUACGGAAACGUUUCGACAAAAUAAGUUGCAUAUUCAGUUUGAAGGCCUCGACUGCGACCCUUUCGGCGACUGUUAUGGCGCGUCGGUCCCACUGCAUUUUCUCCUCGACGCGACCUACACGCCCCUCCUCGUGUACGAGAUGAACAACGCGUCCAUCCCACCAGAUCACGGUUUCCCUUUAAGGGCUCUCUUUCCAGGCCUGAUCGGGGCGCGAAGUGUCAAAUGGGUCUCAAAAAUAUUAAUUUCCGAGGAAGAAUCUCCAUCACCAUGGCAACGAAUCGACUACAAAAUAUUUGCUCCGUCCGUGAACGAAGAUAAUGUCAAUUUUAACUCUGCAUCAGCAAUUUAUGAUGCCCCAGUUAAUUCUUAUAUCUGUUCGCAUAAGAAUGGGGAAGUCGUGGAGAGGGGUAUGAUUAGAAUGAAAGGGUACGCUUUUGCUGGAAGGGGUCGCGGAAUAGUGCGUGUCGAACUGUCCUUUGACAAUGGGGAUAAUUGGCAAGUGGUAAAAUUAACUAGACAGGACAGCAACUAUUCCUGGACGCAGUGGGAGAUAGAGGUCAAUGUUACUAGCGCUAUGGAUGUCUGGGUCAAAGCAGUGGACACCGGGUACAAUCAACAACCCGAGGACUUGAAACAUAUCUGGAACUAUCGUGGUCUUGUGGUCAAUGCGUAUCACAAAAUCAAACUUAAUAUCUAA